CCCCACCCAGUGGCCCUUCUGUUGGAAAGGUGGCUGCCCCCUGCAUCCCUCCAUCCAGCCAUGAACUGGUGCCCAUCAACACUGAGAGCGCCCCGAAGAAUGUAGCCGACACGGGAGAAGGAGCUUUCCGGGGUGGAAACACACGGAAAAGCCUUGAGGAAGACGGCUCUGCCAGAGUCACCGUGAGUGUCCAGCCCCAUCCUCAGCCUAUCAGAAACAUGAGUGUGAGCCGGGCCAUGGAGGACAGCUGUGAGCUGGACCUAGUGUACGUCACCGAGAGGAUCAUCGCCGUCUCCUUCCCCAGCACGGCCAAUGAGGAGAACUUCCGGAGCAACCUCCGAGAGGUGGCCCAGAUGCUCAAGUCCAAGCAUGGCGGCAGCUACCUGCUUUUCAACCUUUCUGAGCGGAGGCCAGACAUCACAAAGCUCCACGCCAAGGUACUGGAAUUUGGCUGGCCUGACCUUCACACCCCCGCCCUGGAGAAGAUCUGCAGUGUCUGCAAGGCCAUGGACACUUGGCUCAACGCAGACCCUCACAACGUCGUCGUUCUACAUAAUAAGGGAAACCGAGGUAGGAUAGGCGUUGUCAUUGCGGCUUACAUGCACUACAGCAACAUUUCUGCCAGCGCUGAUCAGGCCCUGGACCGGUUUGCCAUGAAGCGGUUCUAUGAGGAUAAGAUUGUGCCCAUUGGCCAGCCAUCCCAGAGAAGGUAUGUGCACUACUUCAGUGGCCUGCUCUCUGGCUCCAUCAAAAUGAACAACAAGCCCUUGUUUCUGCACCAUGUGAUCAUGCACGGCAUCCCCAACUUUGAGUCUAAAGGAGGGUGUCGGCCCUUUCUCCGGAUCUACCAGGCCAUGCAGCCUGUCUACACAUCUGGCAUCUAUAAUGUCCAAGGAGACAGCCAGACCAGCAUCUGCAUCACCAUCGAGCCUGGGCUGCUCUUGAAGGGAGACAUCUUGCUGAAGUGCUACCACAAGAAGUUCCGGAGCCCAGCCCGAGAUGUCAUCUUCCGUGUGCAGUUCCACACCUGUGCCAUCCAUGACCUGGGGGUUGUCUUUGGGAAGGAAGACCUUGAUGAUGCCUUCAAAGAUGAUCGAUUUCCAGAAUAUGGCAAAGUAGAAUUUGUAUUUUCUUAUGGACCAGAGAAAAUUCAAGGCAUGGAACACCUGGAGAACGGGCCGAGUGUGUCUGUGGACUAUAACACCUCUGACCCCCUCAUCCGCUGGGAUUCCUAUGACAACUUCGAUGGGCAUCGAGAGGACGGCAUGGAGGAAGUGGUGGGACACACUCAGGGGCCUCUGGAUGGGAGCCUGUACGCCAAGGUGAAGAAGAAGGACUCCCUGCAUGGCAGCACUGGGGCCGUCAACGCCGUGCGCCCUGCCCUGUCGGCCACCCCCAACCACGUGGAGCACACCCUCUCCGUGAGCAGCGACUCAGGCAACUCCACAGCCUCCACCAAGACAGACAAGACCGAUGAGCCGGCCCCCGGCCCCUCCAGCGCCCCCGCUGCCCUGAGUCCUGAGGAGAAGCGCGAGCUGGACCGCCUGCUCAGUGGCUUCGGCGUCGAGAGAGAGAAGGCAGCUCCCAUGUACCACACGCAGCAUCUCCGGUCCCGCCCCGCAGGGGGCCUGGCUGCUCCCGCUGCCGGCCGCCAUGUCGUCCCAGCCCAGGUUCACGUCAAUGGCGGGACCUUGGCAUCCGAGCGGGAGACGGACAUCCUGGAUGAUGAGUUGCCCAACCAGGACGGGCACAGCGUGGGCAGCAUGGGCACACUGUCCUCCCUGGACGGGGUCACCAACACCAGUGAGGGGGGCUACCCAGAGGCCCUGUCCUCACUGACCAACGGUCUGGACAAGUCUUACCCAGGGGAACCGAUGGUCAAUGGCGGGGGCUACCCCUAUGAGUCCGCCAGCCGAGCGGCGCCUGCCCAUGUCAGCCCCCCUGCCCCUGUGCGGCCCUCCUACUCGGCACAGGAGGGUUUAGCCGGCUACCAGCGGGAGGGGCCCCACCCAGCCUGGCCACAGCCAGUACCCACCUCCCACUAUGGCCUUGACCCCAGCGGUAUGUUCCGCUCCCAGUCCUUUCCGGAGAGCGAGCCCCAGCUGCCCCCAGCUCCAGCCCGCAGUGGCAGCAGCAGGGAGGCUGUGCAGAGGGGUCUGAAUUCCUGGCAGCAGCAGCAGCAGCAGCAGCAGCAGCAGCAGCAGCAGCAGCCUCGUCCCCCUCCUCGCCAGCAGGAGAGAGCCCACCUGGAGAGUCUCGGGCACAGCAGGCCCAGCCCUCAGCCGCUGGCAGAGACCCCCACCCCCGGCCUCCCUGAGUUCCCAAGGGCGGCCUCCCAGCAGGAGAUAGAGCAGUCCAUCGAAGCACUGAACAUGCUGAUGCUGGAUUUGGAGCCCGCCGCGGCAGCUGCCCCCCUGCACAAGUCCCAGAGCGUGCCGGGGGCCUGGCCGGGGGCUUCCCCGCUGUCCUCCCAGCCUCUCUCUGGCUCCCCCUGCCAGCCCCAUCCCCUGACCCAGUCCAGGUCUGGCUACAUCCCCAGUGGGCAUUCCUUGGGAACCCCUGAGCCAGCCCCACGGUCCUCCCUGGCCCUGGAGUCCUUCCCUUCUGGCAGGCCAUACUCACCUUAUGAUUAUCAACCAUGUCCUGCUGGGUCCAGCCUGAGCUUCCGUCCAAAAAGCCCAGCCUCCUCCUCCUCGUCCACCUUCCUUCCAACCACCCAGAGCCCUCCAGGGCCUCAGCAGCCCCCAGUCUCUCUCUCUGGCCUCCCCGCUCAGCCUCAGUUCCCACCAAAGGAGGCAACUUCAGACCCAUCCCGCACUCCAGACGAGGAGCCACUGAACCUGGAGGGGCUGGUAGCCCACCGGGUAGCAGCAUACAACGCCAAGCUGCAGGGCAUGGGACACACCGGCUUCCAGCUGCGUCCUCUCCACCGGCUCCGAUCUUCCUCCCUCUCCGGGGUGCAGGCUCGGGAGAAGCAGCCUGCAGAGCCCCCCGCCCCUCUCCGGAGGCGGGCAGCCAGCGAUGGACAGUAUGAGAACCAGUCUCCAGAACCCGCGUCCCCCCGUAGCCCUGGGGUUCGUUCCCCUGUCCAGUGCGUCUCCCCUGAGCUGGCUCUCACCAUCGCCCUCAAUCCUGGAGGGCGACCCAAAGAGCCCCAUCUGCACAGCUACAAGGAGGCCUUUGAGGAGAUGGAGGGAACCUCCCCGACCAGCCCACCAUCCAGUGGGGUGCGCUCCCCUCCAGGUCUGGCCAAGACACCCCUGUCUGCUCUCGGCCUGAAACCCCACAACCCAGCGGACAUCCUGUUGCACCCUACAGGUGAACCCCGGAGCUAUGUGGAGUCGGUGGUGAGGACAGCAGUGGCUGGACCCCGAGCUCAGGACCCCGAGCCCAAGAGCUUUAGUGCCCCAGCUGCCCAGGCCUAUGGCCAUGAGACGCCCCUGAGGAACGGGACCCUGGGAGGCUCCUUUGUCUCCCCCAGCCCCCUCUCCACCAGCAGCCCCAUCCUCAGCGCUGACAGCACUUCGGUGGGGAGUUUCCCGUCUGGGGAAAGCAGUGACCAGGGCCCCCGGACACCCACCCAGCCUCUGCUGGAUUCGGGCUUCCGUCCCGGGAGCCUGGGCCAGCCCAGCCCUUCGGCUCAGAGAAAUUACCAGAGCUCUUCUCCUCUCCCGCCUGCGGGCAGCAGCUACGGCAGCCCCGACUACUCCCUUCAGCAGUUCGGCUCCCCGGAAGGCCAGGCGCGGUCUCAGUUCACUGUGGCCGGCGUCCACACGGUGCCUGGGAGCCCUCAGGCACGCCACAGGACAGUGGGCACCAACACCCCCCCCAGUCCUGGCUUUGGCCGCCGGGCCAUCAAUCCCAGCCUGGCAGCCCCUGGUAGUCCCAGUCUGAGCCACCGCCAGGUGAUGGGUCCAGCAGGAACUGGUUUCCAUGGCAGCACCGUCUCCAGCCCCCAGGGUAGUGCAGCAACCACUCCGGGAAGCCCCAGCCUGGGCCGGCAUCCCGGGGCCCACCAGGUUCCUGGCCUCCAUGGUGGUGUGGCCACGACUCCAGGAAGCCCCAGUCUGGGCCGGCACCCCGGGGCCCACCAAAGCAGCCUGGCUCCUGGUCUCCAUGGCAACACGAUAGCCAGCCCAGGAAGCCCCAGCAUGGGCCGGCACCUGGGAGGGUCUGGAUCUGUGGUUCCUGGCAGCCCUAGCCUGGACCGGCACGUGGCCUACGGUGGUCACUCCACCCCCGAGGACCCAAGACCCACACUGUCCCGGCAGAGCAGUGCCUCUGGCUACCAGGCUCCCUCCACGCCCUCCUUCCCCGUGUCCCCUGCCUACUACCCGGGCCUGAGCAGCCCUGCCGCCUCCCCGUCGCCGGAUUCAGCAGCCUUCCGUCAAGGGAGCCCCACACCAGCCUUGCCGGAAAAGCGGAGAAUGUCCGUGGGAGACCGCGCGGGCAGCCUCCCCAACUAUGCCACCGUCAAUGGGAAGGUGUCCUCCUCGCCUGUGGCCAGCGGCAUGUCCAGUCCCAGCGGGGGCAGCACUGUCUCUUUCUCCCACACGCUGCCCGACUUCUCCAAGUACUCCAUGCCAGACAACAGUCCUGAGACACGGGCUAAAGUGAAGUUUGUUCAGGACACUUCCAAGUAUUGGUACAAGCCUGAGAUCUCCAGAGAGCAGGCCAUCGCACUCCUCAAGGACCAGGAGCCAGGGGCCUUCAUCAUCCGUGACAGCCACUCCUUCCGAGGGGCCUAUGGGCUGGCCAUGAAGGUGUCUUCUCCCCCUCCGACCAUCAUGCAGCAGAAUAAAAAAGGGGACAUGACCCACGAGCUGGUGAGACAUUUCCUGAUCGAGACCGGCCCCAGAGGAGUCAAGCUCAAGGGGUGCCCCAAUGAGCCAAACUUUGGGUCUCUCUCUGCCCUCGUCUACCAGCAUUCCAUCAUCCCACUGGCUCUGCCCUGUAAGCUGGUCAUUCCAAACCGAGACCCCACAGAUGAGUCGAAAGCUAGCUCGGGCCCUGCCAACUCCACCACUGAUCUGCUGAAGCAAGGGGCAGCCUGCAACGUGCUGUUCGUCAACUCCGUGGACAUGGAGUCGCUCACUGGGCCACAGGCCAUUUCCAAAGCCACUUCUGAGACGCUGGCUGCUGACCCCACACCAGCUGCCACCAUCGUUCACUUCAAAGUUUCUGCCCAGGGAAUCACAUUGACUGACAACCAGAGAAAGCUCUUCUUCAGGCGACACUACCCACUCAACACUGUCACCUUCUGUGACCUGGAUCCUCAGGAGAGAAAGUGGAUGAAAACAGAGGGAGGUGUCCCCGCUAAGCUCUUCGGCUUCGUGGCCCGGAAGCAGGGCAGCACCACCGACAACGCCUGCCACCUCUUCGCUGAGCUUGACCCCAACCAGCCCGCCUCCGCCAUCGUCAACUUCGUCUCCAAGGUCAUGCUGAAUGCCGGCCAGAAGAGAUGAACGCCACCCCUCGCCCAGGGCCAGGGCAGUGGGGAUGGGGCAUGUGGGGAGGGGACCCAUGAAUCCUGACCACCCUUGAAUCCAGAAGGAGGACUUUGGGCCAAUUUUGGAGAAGGAGAGAAGAAAG